AUGGCAAUGAUUUUCAAAAUAUUAUUUAUUUUAUUCAGUAUAAUAUUUCUAAAAUCAUACGCGAUCAAAUAUCCGAACGACUUUACUCCCACCCUGUUGUCAGGAGAGUGCAAAAUAAAAUUUGAUUUUAUCGUUGUCGGCGCUGGUAGUGCCGGUGCGAUAAUUGCUGCUCGUUUAAGUGAGAUAGCAGAUUGGAAUAUUUUACUAUUGGAAGCAGGUGGUGAUCCUCCAGAAUCAUCAGAAAUUCCACUCAAAUGGAGUUUGGCAUUGAACACAGAGUAUGAUUGGAAAUUUUUAACUGAACAGGAAGAUAAUUUGUUCAAAGGUUUAGACGGGGAAAAGUGUCACGUGCCCAGGGGAUGUAUGUUGGGCGGAAGUUCGUCCAUGAACGUUAUGUUGCAAAUUCGUGGAACAAAGUACGAUUUUGACGAAUGGGAAAAAUCUGGGUGCGCUGGUUGGGGUUUCGAUUCCGUUUUGCCAUAUUUCAUAAAAUCUGAAAAUUUUACUGACAUGACUCGGUACGAUCCGAAGAUUCAUGGGAACUGUGGGCCCCUAACUGUGAGUCCUUUUGUAUCUCCAGAUCCUGCCAUACAAACUAUAUCACAAGCAGCAGAUUUGAUGGGCUUGACCAACGUGAAAGACUUGAACAAAAUAGAACGUUCGAUUGGAUACGCGAUGUCGGACAGCACGACUCGGGAUGGACUACGGUGCAGUACGCUGAAAGCUUUUUUAAUGCCCAAUAGUGGACGACCAAAUUUGUUCGUAGCCAAAUACAUCCGAGUCACCAGAAUUUUGAUUGAGAACAAAAGUGCGGUUGGCGUUGAGUUUGUAUCAACAUCAGGUGAGUUCAAGACCGUCAACUGUACGCUUGAAGUCAUAUUGUCUGCCGGUGUGGUGAUGAGUCCCCAAUUACUUAUGAUAUCCGGAAUUGGACCAGCAGAUCACUUAAAAGAGAUGGGUGUGGACGUUGUAGCUGAUCUUCCUGUUGGAAAGAACUAUCAGGACCACGUAGCCUAUUUUGGGCUAGUCCUUAGUGACGGCAAAAAUAGACCAAUCGAAGACAUUGCGGCAGAAAGUCAAAAACUUAGAAAGGAAACGUUUGAUUUGAUCCCUAAAGGCAUUAGCACAAUGGGGCUAACGGGACUUCUUAGUUUCGUCGAUUCCAAACGAGCGUCCGGAAACCCUGACAUCGAAAUUAUGAAAAUUAGAUACUCGUGCAACACAACCCAACAGAUGAACACGUUCAAGAACAUGUUUGGAUUUUCUGACGAGAUGGCGAAAGUGUACAACGAGUUGAAUACGCACAGUGACAUAUUACUGAUGAUACCGAUUAGUAACAUCAUAACCAAAACCGGGCAUGUUUUACUGAGAUCAAAGGAUCCUCUGGCGAGCCCCAAAAUAAUCGCAAACUAUUUGUCGGACCAGGAAGAAAUCGAUACGAUGGUGAGGGGUAUCGAGUUCGUGGUUGAAAUGUGCAAGACGAAACCAAUGACUGACGCGGGAUACGCUUUUGAGGAGAUUCCAUUUCCGAAUUGCGAGACGAAUUGCAAGUGGGGCACCAAAGACUACUGGAAAUGUGGUAUUAAAAAUCUGGCCACCUCAAUUUUCCAUUCAGUUGGUACCAACAAGAUGGGUGCGAUUGAUGACAAGACCUCUGUGGUUGACCCCUGCCUAAAAGUGAUUGGCAUUGAAAAACUUAGAGUGAUUGACUGUUCUGCGAUGCCAUUAUUAGUGACUUGCAACACUAACGCCGCCACAAUGAUGAUGGCUGAAAAGGGAGCUGAUAUAAUCAAAACUCAGUAUGGAAAAUGA